AUGGAAAUACUUUUAGGAAGAAAUUUAAGAGAAAAAUCAUUUAAUUUCCAAAUUGAUGAUGGAAAUACUUUUAGUAAGAAAUUUAAGCCAGAUAUAAAACUUGAAGACGUGAGAAAAAAAUUAGCCGAAAACCGAAACGACUGGAACGCAGAAAAGCUUUUGUUUAAAAAAGAUGGAAAUCGGAUAUAUCAUGAAAACGAAUCUGAUUAUACAUUAAAUGAACUUCGUAAAUCUAAUAAUUCUAUAAUUUAUGUUGAAAACCUAUUAAAAAAAAUCAAGGUUUAUAUUGAUGGUAAAGUAUGUGUAUUAUCUCUUUCCUUGGAUCCUGAAGAUAAACUAGACGAUAUUCGCAAAAUAUACAUUGAAAAAAGCGAACAUGCAGAAGUAUUCACUAAUGAUUUCAAAUUCAGAGAGAAAAAUGGAAUGUACGUUGAUGAAGACCAAGAGCGUUUCAGUAAUUUAAAAGAAAUUUUAGUAAAUGGCAAUAAAUUAUAUAUUUCCACACUACGAGAAGGCAAGAUCAUGAUUUACAGUGGUCAUAAUAAAACACCUAGUAAACCAUUUAGAUAUUCUUUACAUAAAGGAAAGAGUCUUACCGAAAUUCGAGAAGAACUUGAAAACAUUUGGGAAGAACGAACUCAGCUCUAUAUGUGUCCAGAUUGUUACUUUAUAGAUCAAAGAAAGGCACAAAUUUUUAAGUUCGAUGAAAAUGAUUUAAAGCUAGGAGAGAUUUUAUCAAUUGAAAAUGAUGAAGAAAUAUUAUAUAUUUGCCGAGAACAUGAACAUGACCUAAUAAAAUUGACUAAUAAGUGUGGAUAUGGAUUUAUAAUUAAGAAUGGUUCAGUAGAACGGGCUAAUUAUCGUGCAUUUACGAUCAAAGAGACGCCAAAAUGUCAUGAGUUCGAAGAUAAAUAUGAAGAAGACUUAUUUGAAUGUAAAAAUGAAUUUCAAGAAUUAUAUAAACGAAAUUUUAUUACAUUUGGUUCAACUUAUGUUCUACCAUGGGUUCCUAUUUUUCUGGGAGCUAACUAUAGUUCCUUACAUAAAAAGCUAGAAAAUUAUGAAAAGGCCGUAAAAUAUUCAUAUAUAAAGUAUAGAAAAGUGAGUAUAGAUAUUAAAAAAGACAAAAUUUGUGUCGAAAAAGAAUUUGUUGAUGAUGUCGAAAAGGCAUUAAGUGAAGGGACUCAAGAGGAAAAAAUAAAAAAUCUUAAAAAAAUCGCGGAAAAAUAUGGCUAUUUUUAUGCAAGCUCAGUAUAUUUUGGAGGUGUUAUAGUUGAAAAAAUAGAAGACAUGAAAUAUUCAAGUGGAGAUAAAUCUCAGAAACUUCCUGGUUGGGUUGAUUCACUCCAAGAUCCCGGGAACUGGGAAGUAAUUGAAUAUCAUGAAAUCUAUUCUAUAUUUAGUUUAUUAGAGAAUAAUUUAAAACGAAGAGUUUUGAAUACUUUGGGGAAAAAAAUUUUAAAAGCAAAAGUCGAUCCAUUUAUGUAUUUCACAAGCGAAAGUAAACAACGUGCGCACGGAAUAUGCAAACAAUUAAAUGAUAUUCCUAAUAUAAAAGAUUGCCAAAUAUUUUCUACAAUUUUGAAGAGAAAAAAAGAUAAGCAUAUAUUUUCUUCAUGUGUAGCUUAUGAUACUCCUGAAAGACCAAUAAUCAUUGUCAGCCGUGUUCCAAGUAAAAAAAAGUUUGUUGAAAAACAAAAAUUAAAACGAAGACCUAUCCAUAUACCUAUCCAAAUUGGAUGGAUGGUAAUAGGAUAUCCAACAGAAACUUUUGAUUUCGAACUGUCAAAUACAAUUGAAAGUGAAAAAUACGAAGUAAAUGAUCAAGAUACUAUUUCACAUACAUCUAAUUUGAACUUAUUGGAUAAGUAUGUGAUAACUACGUGUGUAAUGGAUAAAGUAGAUGCUUCUUUACAAGAAGAAGCAGGCUCAGCCUCAGAGAUAUCAUCAACAAGCAAUUCAAAUAAUACAAAUCAAUUAAACGUGCGUGACUUUAAAUUAAUCGUUGGAUCACAUUUUUCACUUCGGAUGAAUUCAGCAUGUUUAUUUGCUUACUGCUCUAAAAUACGUAAAAAGCAAAUGAACGAACAAGAUGAACCACUUUUAAAGCAUUUGAAAUUGUUUAUUUGGUAA